AUGUUGUCUGUCAGAGUUAACUUGAAGACCAGGAUCAGUUCUGGCAUGAUUAGAGUCAAUGCUCCAGCUUUGAAAAGUACAAUGCCUUCUGUAACAAGUUUAACCCAAUUGCGUUUUUCUACUACUGUGAAACCAGCUCCAAAGCUUUCGCUAGAUGAUGUUAAUGAAAAUGUUUUGAAGGCUAAGUACGCUGUUAGAGGUAGAAUUCCAAUGAGGGCUGAGGAAUUGAGAGAUCAGUUGAAAAAGGAUCCAAGUUCUUUACCCUUCUCUAAGAUUAUCAGUGCCAACAUCGGUAACCCUCAACAAUUGGACCAAAAACCUUUGACUUUUUACAGAGAAGUAUUAUCUCUAUUGCAACAUCCAGAACUGCUAGAAGAAGCUGAUGAGGCUUUACAAACUCUAUAUAAGACUGACUCCAUUAAGCGUGCCAAAAGACUUUUGUCUGAGGUUGGUGGAUCCGUCGGUGCUUACUCUCAAUCACAGGGUGUUCAAGGAAUUCGAGAAACCGUUGCAGACUUCAUUACGAAGAGAGAUGACGGUGAAAUAUCUUACCCAGAAGAUAUUUACCUCACUGCUGGUGCAUCUGCAGCAGUUUCUUACAUUCUCUCCAUUCUAUGCAAGGGCCCAAAUACUGGCGUAUUAAUACCUAUCCCACAAUACCCGUUGUACACAGCAUCUUUGGCUCUAAAUAACUCUAGGCCUUUACCAUACUACUUGAGAGAAGAACAAAAUUGGUCCACUGACCCAGAAGAAAUUGAACAAGUCGUGCUGGAUGCAAUUCAGAAGGGAAUUAAACCCACCUGUCUAGUUGUUAUUAAUCCAGGUAACCCAACUGGUGCCAUCCUUUCAGAACAGUCCAUUCAAAAGAUCUUCGAAGUCGCUGCCAAGUACGGUAUUGUCGUCAUCGCUGAUGAAGUGUAUCAAGAAAACGUAUUCAAAGGCUCUAAAUUCUACUCAAUGAAAAAAGUUUUGAGAAACUUGCAAAAGACUUAUCAUGGACAAUACGACAACAUUCAAUUAGCUUCUCUACACUCUACUUCCAAAGGUGUCUCGGGUGAAUGUGGUCAAAGAGGUGGUUAUAUGGAAUUGGUCGGAUUCAAUCAUGAUAUCAGACAGGUAUUCUUAAAAUUGGCUUCUAUUUCUUUAUGUCCCGUGGUUACCGGUCAAGCCUUGGUGGACUUAAUGGUAUCUCCACCUCAACCAGGUGAUGAAUCUUACGAACAAGAUCAACAGGAACGUGAAGAUAUUCAUGACGCAUUGGACGAACGUGCCUCUAAACUUUUCGAAACAUUCUCUAGAUUGGAAGGUAUUGAAUGCCGUAAACCUCAAGGUGCCAUGUACCUAUAUCCAAAACUCGAUCUUCCUUAUAAAGUUAUCCAGGAAGCUCAGCAUCUUGAAAUGGAACCUGAUGAAUUUUAUUGUAAAGCAUUACUAGAAAACACUGGUAUUUGCACCGUUCCAGGAUCUGGUUUCGGACAAGUCCCAGGUACUUAUCACUUAAGAACCACAUUCCUACCACCAGGGACCGAAUGGGUAGAAACAUGGGAAAAAUUCCACAAGGCCUUCUUUGACAAGUACCGUGAUUAG